CGAAGACCUCGAAGCCCCGCCCCGCGUUCGGGCGUCGCCAUGGCAGCCGCUGCGGGAACCUGGGCCUUUUCGCGCCCGGCCGUGGAGAGGAUGAGGCGGCUGCUGCUCGAGGGGGGCUUAGCGACCGACUGCCUCCAGGAGGCCAUGGCAGGUAGAGACGGGUCAUAAAUGUGAAGGAGUAAAAAAACCAACGGCAAAAAGCCCUUCUUCCGCUGCCUAGCAACGGGCGACGUUCCGGGCCAGCCCUCCCAUGAGGCAGAGCGAGGCAGCUGCCUCAGGCACCCCCAGCCUUCGGCCCUCCAGAUGUUUUGGACUACAGUUCCCAGCAUCCCUGACCACUGGUCCUGCUAGCUAGGGAUCAUGGGAGUUGUGGGCCAGAAACAUCUGGAGGGCCGAGGUUGAGGAAGCCUGCACUAGAUCCUGGGUCACCCUUGUUGGGCUCCCUCACCAACUGUUCUAGCGCACAGUUUUUGGGGGCAUCCGUAGUUUUUUUACUUACAGUGGUGCCUCGCAAGACGAAAUUAAUCCGUUCCGCGAGUCUCUUCGUCUUGCGGUUUUUUCGUCUUGCGAAGCACGGCUAUUAGCGGCUUAGCGGCUUUAAGAAAAAGGAAACAAACUCGCAAGACGUUUCAUCUUGCGAAGCAAGCCCAUAGGGAAAUUCGUCUUGCGGAACGACUCAAAAAACGGAAAACUCUUUCGUCUAGCGAGUUUUUCGUCUUGCGAGGCAUUCGUCUUGCGGGGCACCACUGUACUGUGACAUCUUUUGGAUGCUUCCCCGAUCCCAUUCUCCACCAAAAGAUCUCCCUGAGAGUUUUCUCCAGGAAGUCAAUAGUGUGCCCCCAGUAGUAGAUUACUUCUGGAGUCAGGUAUCAGCACCAACAAUAAUUCUUUGGAGGAGUCUCCCUUAUCUGGGAUUUCUAGCUUGCUUGAAUCAGCGCCUUCUUUCGCAUACAAAGCAACAUCCCCUGCAGUAUGUCCUUCUGUGCCCUUCCUAUUGGGUUCAUAUCCAGAGAUAACAGUGUCACACUGGCUCUCUCCAGUGCCAUUUCUCUAGAAAAACAGUUGCCAGAACUCACCAUGAACAUCUCCCUCAUUCUCUUAGAAUGGCAAUGGUGCCCACCGGAGAGGUGCCAUAACUGAGUUCUGUCUGGUGAGUUUUGGCUAGGGAAAAGCCCUGGUUCUCUCAGUUCCACCAAGUUUCCCUUACGUCCACUAUAUAUCAGUGCUGUCCUCUAAGACCUUAGGCUGUAGAUGCUGGGGUUCAAGGAAUGUCCUGAGCUGGGAACGCUGCAGGACUUGGGCUUGCACACCAGCCUGCUGCCCUCAGGUCCAGUGGAAGGUGCUGUCCUUUGUAGUACAGUCAUAACACAUGUUACAUUCGCUUCAUGUUACUUCCGGGUUUCGCCGCUCGCACAUGCACAGAAGCACAAAAUGAUGCCAUGCGCAGAAGCGGCGAAUCACGACCCGCAUGUGCGCAGACGCGCCGCUACGGGUUGCGCUCUUUUCAAAUUGCGAACGGGGCUCCAAAACAGAUCCCGUUUGCAACCAGAGGUAUCACGGUAUUGGAGCAAGGUUCAAAGGCAGGUGGGCUGACCUCGUGUGUUUGUGUGCACCUUGAGGGAGGGUGCCAUCUUGCCCUUUGCCUCAGGCAGCAAGAUUGCUUGCACUGGCCCUGGUUGGGUACCCAGGGGGUUGGACUUAGAUGGCCCUUGUGGUCCCUUCCCACACUACAAUCCUAUAAUUUAUUGGAUUUCUUAGCCAUCCUUCAACGCGCUGCGGGUUACAACAAUAUCAAAACCAGCUUUUAAAAAUUUGCUAUCGGAAUAGCAGGGUAGGCCCAAAUAGAGAUAUAUAGAUAUGCAGAUAUCUCACUUGUCAAAGACUAAGUGUAAAGCGUGGAUGGAGAGAAAUUUGGAUAUGUACAACAAAAUAUUAAGGAUCCAAUUCUUUCGUUUGAGACUCGAGGCUUGGGACUUGAGGCUUCAAUCUGAAAGGCUUUAAGACUUCCCCCCAUGAUUUAAAAAACAAUGCAAUAGGAGAGAUGCCUACCCCAAUGGUGCGCUAUGGGCAGUGCUUUUUUCCAAGGAUAUGUAGUACCGGCAGCUCUUUUGUUGUUGUUAAAAAGUGUGACACUUACUACAACAAUUUCAUGGUGGGUACCAGCACGUAUUUUUCUAGGGAAAAAACCACUGGCUAUUGUCCCUCUCCCCCUCAGUUUCUGCAACAAAAAACCAGCCAAAUGUAUAUGCCAGCAUACCAACAGUGAAAGUACUGUGGCUGUAGCUAACAUAUAACUUAGGUAAGGGUAAACAGCAUUUCCAUUUGCUCUGGCUUUCGUCAUGAUAUUCUGUUGCACCAGAAGUGGUUUAAUCCUGCUGGCCUCAUGACCCAGAAAGCUGUCUGUGGACAAACACCUGCUCCCUCGACCUGAAAGUGGAGAUGAGCACCACACCCCAUAGUAGAAUUUGACAGGACUUAACCAUCCAGGGGUCCUUUACCUUACUUAUAAAGGUUACUGUUUCAUGCUAUAUCUAGUGGCAUAUGAAUGACAUAAGAUGUCAGUAUUGUCCACCUAGCUGAUCAAAAUAAAGAUGGCAGAUAUGUAAAGGUUAUGCACCACAAAUAUGACUGCCACAUAGAAAGGAUGCAGUACUUGUGACAAUUGCUUCCUUUUGUAUGAAUGGUACAGACCCAGAAAAAAGCACUGUAUGUAACUGAGAUGAAUUCAGGACUAAUUGCCCUUUAACCAAUAGUUAUGUAUUAUUAAUAUCAGUCCAUCAUGGAAAAUAGUUUUUUCCAACGAGGUCAAAAAUAAUAAUACAAACACCUAGCUUAUUAAAGCACAUGCUGUUAAUCAUACAUUAAUGGUUAACUGUCGCACACUGGAUACCUUUGUAUGCUAAUUUUCAAAUGCUAAUAUGAAAUCUUAGGCACAUUUUCCUGUUAAAGAAUUCUGGAUGCUGUAGUUUUCCACUCACAAAGUUACAAUUCCCAGCAACCCUUAACAACAGGACUGUACCCAGAAUUCUUUGAGGGAGAAAAUGUGCUUUGAAUGUGCUCAAGGAUAUAGCUAUAGAAAUAAAAGGUUUUAAAACACUUUUUUUCUUAAAAUAUGUUUUCAGAUAUUGAGAACGAUGAGAAAACAGGACGUUUUGUAGUAGGACGGGGAGGCUACCCAAAUAAACAGGGCAUAAUCCAAUGUGAUGCAGCAAUAAUGGAAGGACAACCUGGGCGUUUUGGAGCUGUGGCAGCCUUGCAUGGGUAUGUAUUAUGCCUUGCUAUGCGUCAGAGGUCACCAAAAACCCUGAGAUUAUUAUUUUUUAAUUAUGCUUUUUCACAGAUUUUUUUUUUAUUCCUUCGAGCCUAAUGGUUUAGCUCUUCAUAAUUUUUAUCAUUGCAUUUAACCAUAGAACUCAGUUCUUUAAAAGUAUAUAUGGAACAAACCCCUUCUCAAAUUAUUAUUCUUUCUGCUGAUAAAGAAUUGGAACUCCUCUCGCUGUAGCACGUAAGGUCAUGGAAGAAACUCCACACAGUUUUCUGGUUGGGGAUGGUGCUGUGGCUUUUGCAAAAGACCAAGGCUUCACUGUGGAAGAUAACCGAAGUAUGAUGAGUGAGCAGAGUACAGAAGCUUAUCAGGUAACACUCUACUUUGGAGCAAUAGUGAUGUGAGUUUAUUUAUGCAGUAGUAGAAUAAUUCACAUUAGGAAUAAAUACCCUUGCAGAUGUUCUGAGCACCCCUGACUCUCAUGAAUCAUCAAGAAGUCUCUUUGAAGUCAUUUCAAACAACAAAGGAGGCACCCGAUGUGACUUUUUCAAAAUGUCACGCAUCAGAUAGUCAGAAAUAGAAUUCAAAUUAACUGACUACUAAUAUUCUGUUGGCCAAAGUGCUUCCCAACUGCAUGGACAAUGGCAUACGUUCAUGCUGACUGCUGAGGAAGGAUCAGCUAUGGGUGGCUUGGAAAGGAGAGAAAAAUAGAUUGAAAUUCUGCUUAUUUCUCCUUUCUAAAGUUAACGUUUCCUCAUCUCACCUGGCAUGAGACUAGCUGGGAAGUUAUGCUGCUUCUUAAUGUAUUGGAAAACCCCUGCCAGUGGCUAUGGGCUGUGAGUUGCCAGCCCUUAGAAUAGUCCCAAGAUUGAGGGUUGAAUUCAACUAAUGAAUCCCAUCAGUGUUUCCCCCCUGUGUGCCCCCACCCCCAAAAUUGGCACUGGGGUUUGGAGAACCUGUGGAACAGCACAUAGGAGGAGGAGAGUGGAUAUUGUUCUGUCUAGCACAGUGGCGUAGCGUGGGGGGUGCAGGGGGGGCCGGCCGCACCGGGCGCAACAUCUGGUGGGGGGGCUCGCACUCGCAGCUCUCUGCCCCUACCUGGCUCACUCACUCUCUCUCACUGCAGUGCUGGCUGUGCGAAUCUAAUCCGAGCCGCUGGGUCGCCGCCCACUGUGGAGGGGGUGGGUGCCAGGCGUGCGGUGCGGAGAGAGAGCGAGGGACUAUCUGGGGGAGGGACAGUGCAGCAAGAAGAAGCUGGCAGCGGCGGCAGGUUAGGGGGCGCAAAUUACUUGCCUUGCCCCAGGUUAGGGGGCGCAAAUUACUUGCCUUGCCCCGGGUGCUGACAACCCGCGCUACGCCGCUGGUCUAGCAAGCCGACAAAGCUUGCGCUGACAGAAUGAUCAGAAGAGCCCAACCAUUUCUCCCACUGAACCCACAUACAAUUUAGGAUUAAUCCUUUGAAAGAAACUAUGUUUCAGAUACAACUUCUGGAUGUUACUUAUACAUAAGAAGAUACAUUCUGCUUACUUCACAGAUUUCUACUUGGGGGGGAAACUAUCAUUACAAAUGGGUGGCAUUUGAUAGCACAAUUCAUUCUAGUCUUAUCUUUUCUGUAGGAAUAUUUAGAAAAGGGAAAGAGCUUGAAGAAACAUGAUACAUUGGGUAAGUAAUAUUUUUAUUAAAAUAACACUUUUAUGGGACAUGCUGGGUCUUCUUUUUGUAAUUGUGGAGGCAUUAACUUGCCAUUUUCUAGUUGUAUGUUUAUGCUACCAAGAAUUUACAGGUACAUAAGAUGCUGUGGUUAAUUAAUUCUUAUGUAUUAACUGGCAACUUUUACAGACUUUCUGAAAUAAUACAGGAAUUAAUCUAAGUUUUGGAAACAAUCUGGGCUGAUUCCAGCAGAGGCUUGACAACCUUAUGUCAGGAGUGCUCUGAUGGUGUUUCCUGCUUGGCAGGGGGUUGGACUCGAUGGCCCUUGUGGUCUCUUCCAACUCUAUGAUUCUAUGAUUCUAUACAUAUUCCAUUUCCUUACAGCCAAGCAUGCAGGUCUUCAUGUAGUGUGUCAUGCAUGACAGCAGCAUCUACAUCUAUCUCAAUGAAGACGUGAACAUGUGCAGAAGGCUGCAGCAAAUAGAUGUUGUCUUUCUCAGAUGACAGUGUGUAUGGGCAUGGUUUCUUUUCUGCCUGACAUACAUCUCUAGUUUAAAUGUAGCCCCUUUUUAGUACGCAUAGAAUAUCAAGAAAGCUUCAAUAUAAGUGACAUGGUGCCUGGAAAAUUCAGGGAGCUGCCUUGAGAUCAUGGAGUAUAGCAUGCUCUCUAAUUCAUCCUAAUAACUUCACUUUCAGUGGCCAGGGGACCAACAGGAAGUAAAUAGAACUUGUUGCUAGAUCUUUUUACUUGAGGGCCUAUAGAAAUCUAGGUUAGGAAUUCUUCUGCCUAUUGCAUUACUGGGCAUUCCAUUCCAGAAAAUGUUGCCCUAUUCAGUAUCCUGCAAAGGUUUGUACAUCCUGUUCUUUGUUCAGCCUCAAGAGGGUGCUAUGGCUUAAUAAAAGCUAUAAGAAAAUUGUUAAGGUUGGAUUUAAAGGAAAUGGUGGCUAGGAAAAGGUAUUUAAUUUCUGCCUUGAAAUAAUUGAAAAUCACCUGGCAAUUAUCCCAGCUCCAGCAAUUGUGCCUACCAUCUCCAUUACAAGAGACAACAUAAAUACAUGGGCUCUAAGGGUGCUUAGGAUAGGAUCUAAGCCUUAUAGUGCAAUCCUAUACAUGUCUACUCAGAAUAAGCCACAUAAAAAGGGGGGGGGGAGAAUAAGCCACACUGAUUUCAGUGAGUCUUACUCCUAGGUAAGUGAGUAAAUGAUUUCAGCCUCAAAGUGACAUUGUAAAUAUCCAGUUGACAGAACAACUGUAAGCAGUUGCCUUCCAAUCCUAUGCAAGUUUGUUUGAAAAUGAGUCCAGUGUCACUCCCAAGUACAGUAGGUAGAAUCACAGGGUUUUAAAAAUUAAUUUAAGGGUAAAUCUUCCACCUUCUUAAAAAAAUUCACUGUGUUCAUACAUAUUCCCAUGUUAGAUACGCACAACAGAAGUGGUGAAGCUAGCAGCGCACAAACAUUUCUAUGGAACAGCUACCAUUUCCCCUUUAUUGUUAAGACGUGGCACAAGUCCUGAUCUAGGAUUGAAAGAGUCAUCACUAUUAAUGUAAUGAAUGGGAGGGGUGGGAGAAGAGAAGUAUCUUAGGCUGUGUUUUCCUAUUGUAGCCACUUUGAACAUUCAGGGAACCCUUUCUCAAUUCAUUAGUCGCUGCUGUUUUCCAUUGAAACAGAAGAUUCUAUUAAAUUUUUCUUAGGGAGACGUUGAACUUUUCUUUUUAAAGACCUCAAGAGCUGUAUAUUGAUAAAUACUUUAGAUUUGAAAACAAUAACUUUGUUCCAAAAGUGUUCUGCAUAUUUAGGAUGGAAGAAAUGCAGCAUUUUUCUUGGAUGAAGACAGUACAAUAGGCAUCUGUGAAAGUCACGUCAAAACUACCACGCUCUCUUUUUUCAGCAGCGCCACAUUUCUUGAGACUUGUUUUGGCUGUUUCCAGAAUGCAACUUAAAGCCUUAUAAACACUUGCAAGGCCAGUUUGGCCAGAGGCAGUAGUGCACAAUAAAGAACAGGUAUAGGGGUGAGCUCCUGUUGCUCGGUCCCUGCUCCUGCCAACCUAGCAGUUCAAAAGCACGUCAAAGUGCAAGUAGAUAAAUAGGUACCGCUCCUGCAGGAAGGUAAAUGGCGUUUCCAUGCGCUGCUCUGGUUCGCCAGAAGCGGCUUAGUCAUGCUGGGCUGGCCACAUGACCCGGAAGCUGUAUUCUGGCUCCCUCGGCCAAUAAAGCGAGAUUAGCACCGCAACCCCAGAGUCGGUCACGACUGGACCUAAUGGUCAGGGGUCCCUUUACCGUUUUAUACUGCAGAUAAUGAUGGCUCUAUAACACAAACUAUUGUUAUGUUCCCAAAAUCAUCAAGGACUCAUGGAAAUUUGGUGUUUAGUUAUUGUGUGCUAGGCAGCAUAUAAAAAAUGAAAGAUAAUCUAAAUGCAGUUGCUUGACAUCUAGGUGUAAAGUGAUGUCUGAAAAGAUGUUUCAGUAGAAAUUAUGACAAUUAAUUGUUUACACUGGCAGAUACUCAGUAGCUGUACAAUAUGCCUGAAUGUACCGGUAUAUAAACAAUCUCAAAGUAAUCCAAAAUAUUCAGAUAAUUUUAAGAUCACAUAUCACAGUGAUACGAGUUAAACAUGAUUCUGGGUUAAUGCAUGUAACAGGGGUAUUAAAAGCAGACUUCUCUGCCCCCACUUUCCCCAUGGCUACCCUCUCCAAGUGGAAAGGUUGGUUAACAAGUGUACUAGUACAGAAUUUAUGCAAUAUAUACUUAUUUUACCUGGAUCUCUCUUUAUUCCAGAUAUCAUAGCCACAUGCUUGGUUUUUUUAACAAUACAGUGGUACCUUGGGUUACAGACGCUUCUGGUUACAGAUGCUUCGGGUUACAAACUCCGCUAACCAGGAAGUGGUUGCUCCAGGUUAAGAACCUUGCCCCAGGAUAAGAACAGAAAUCGUGUGCUAGCGGUGCAGCGGUAGCAGGAGGCCCCAUUAGCAAAAGUGCGCCUCAGGUUAAGAACUGUUUCAGGUUAAGAACAGACCUCUGGAACGAAUUAAGUUCUUAACCCGAGGUACCACUGUAUUGAAUUCCACAGUGCACUCACCCAUAUUAUUAGAGUCCUUUCUAAGUUGCAAGGUGACAGUAUAGCAGACUUGGGAUGAAAUGAAGAUGUCAUCUGGGUUUCACUCUGUUGUCUAGGAAAUUUCAGAUAAAUAUUCCUGUAUUUUUUAAAAUGGGGAAAUUAUAAAAUUUCAAUAGAGAUUGUUAUUUGAAGCAAUAUUCCUAGUGUUGCUUGGUAAGUUAAUUCUGUUAUUCUAUUUUUGCCUUUUCAUUAGGUUUGAUUGCCUUGGAUACCUUUGGAAAUAUAACAGUUGGUAAGAGGGAGCAGCAUAAACAAAAAAAAUAAUGAGUUUCAUCCCUGCCUUAUGUUAUACAACUGCUGCUAAUUAGCUGUGUGGGUCUUCUCAUCAUUUACAGGAAGGGAAAUAAUACACUUGCUUUAUUGGAGGGGAGAAGGAAGCAGAAUCUGUCAUGAGAAACAUCCAUCUGUGUUAGUAUUUAAAGGGGACUUACGAACCCUUAAAAAAAUAGAGCUUGAUUACAAUUAUUAGCGCUGUGUAACAUUCACAGUCAGUGACUACAGCAGAAUUUGUUAGCGGAGAAGCUGUGUCAUUUGACAGUUUUUCACCGAGGAUAUAAACCAAACGCAUGAAAGAUAGUGAGGUGUGUGUUUGUGGUGAAUAAAAGAUAAUGAUUCAGUUAGCUCCAUCAUUUCCGCUGUCUCAUGUAACUAUUUUUCUUUUGCUAUCAGAAUAACUACCAAUAUUUUACUGAUUUGAAAAAAAAUAUGUUUAGGGGUUUCUACUUCUGGAGCACCUUUUAAAUAUCCAGGAAGAGUGGGAGAUUCUCCGAUGCCGGGAUGUGGGCUGUAUGCUGAUAAAGAGGUAUGCCAAGAUAAACUGUAUGGAGCAUAGGAAUGGCAGUAGGAUACAGCAUUUAGAAACAAGUAGUCAACCAUAAUACUCCUAAAAAGUAACUUGAGAGUAACAGUAUUUCCCACUCCACUGUCAGCAAUAGUUAUGUGAUCACACAGGUAUCUCUGGAACAGUUAGUAAUAUUGAUUUUGUUAUAUUUAAGAAGUGUAUAGAAACACAAAUAUUCAGAAGUUUCUCUUCAACCUUUAAUGACUUUAAAGGAAAACUUGCUAAAAAUGUAUAGAUGGCAUUUGACGCCAGUAAAAUUAGCUAAAAUGUAUAGGAAAAAAGAAAGAAAAUGUUGGAAAUGUAAAAAGGCAGAUGGGGACUAUUUCCAUAUGUGGUGGACCUGUGAUAAGGUAAAAAAAAAUUGGGAAUCAAUUUAUAAUGAACUCAAAAAAAUAUUUAGAUAUACUUUCCCCAAAAGACCGUAAGCGUGUCUAUUAGGCUUAAUAGGAGCAGAAAUUAAAAUAGAAGAUCAAAAUCUGUUCAUGUAUGCUACAGCUGCCGCGAGGACCCUUCUGGCCCAAAGAUGGAAAGUUCAAGACAUACCAACUAUUCAGGAGUGGCAGGCAAAGUUGACAGAAUAUGCAGAACUUGCCAAACUGUCAGAGAGGAUCCGGGACCAGGGAGAUCAAAGAUACCAAAAUAACUGGAGUAAAUUUAUUGAAUAUUUAAAGAAGAAUUGUAAAGAGGUCAAGACACUAGCAGGAUUGACAUAAUACCUCCAAUGUAUAAUAGUACUAAUAUGAGAAUGAUGUGCAUGAUGGAAAGAGGAUAAAUAUACCAGUUGUGGGGAGGGAGGGGGGUCGCGACUCGGCAGAGUCAAAGGGAAUGUACGGUGCUAUUACAAUUUGUUGGAAAAGAAUAUGUAAGGAAAACAAUAAAAAUUCACUUGGGGAAAAAAAAGAAGUUUCUCUUCAACCAGGCAUUUGGCUGAUUAAUAUUACUAUUCAUUUAAAUGUGUCUGUGGAAGAAAGGGUUAUUGGCUUCUUUUGCUUUUAUUUUUAUUUUUUAUUUUUAUUUUAUUUAUGAAAAGAUAACAACAGGGCAACUGACUUUCGGGUUUGGUGGGUGUGCGUCAGUAAACGAGGGGAAUUAAGACUAAGAGAGCUGAGUGGGGGGGUGCUUGUGUAAUCUCACUGUAUACAAGUUGUGCAAGUGACAAUAAAGUAUUUCAAAUUCUGUGAUUCUAUGAUUGUGCUCAGAAGGAAUAUGCUGGUUAAUUGCAACCUAUUAUGCGUUUCCCCCCAUCUUAUUUAUAUAAAGUUCCUUCUCUUUAAGAUGGCGGAAAAGGCAACAUUUUGCAACAGGGAAACCUCUUAUCCUUUUUGAAAUGUCAAGGUCUGUCUUCAAGCUGAGUGAUUAAUAAUAAUAAUAAUAAUAAUAAUAAUAAUAAUAGCAACCCUAAAUGUGGUUGGGAAGCAAUGGAGCCACCAUUGCAUCCAAAGCCCUGCUACUCACAGCAACCAGAGUGGAAGGGGGACAUUUUUUUGUUCUUACUAUUUUGCUAUACCAGCUCCAGACUGGACUAACCAAGGGGCUUAGAGUGAGCACUUGCCUGGACAGGAUAGAGAGGUAGCUUUACCCUGCUCUCCCCUCUCCCCUGUUUCUGUGCCUUACACUGGCCACUGCUGGCAGUAGCUUCUCAACCACCCACACUUUCAGUGGGCGCAACAGGGGCAUCUGUUGCAGCGGAGCCGGCCUGCCAGAGGAGAGACACCUCCACCUAAUUCUUACCUUUCCCAGCCAUGCUGAUCAAGGAGUUAGAAUUGUGCUGUCAAUUUCUUUAUGGCUCUGAGAACAAUUAAUCCAGAUCAUGUUACUUCCAAAGUAAUUUCUUUCUUUCUUUCUAGGUAGGAGCUGCAGUAGGUAUGUAUUAGUAGUAAUAAUUAAAAGAUUUGCAUACCUGUUUAUGUUUAAAUACAUUCAUGCAUAUCUAGAGCUGAAAUCUCCCAUGAACCAGUUAAUAUCCCUGAUGUUAAUUUUUACUCCAGGUUCUUUCAUAGAAUCAUAGAGUUGGAAGAGACCACAAGGGCCAUCGAGUCCAACCCCCUGCCAAGCAGGAAACACCAUCAGAGCACUCCUGACAUAUGGUUGUCAAGCCGCUGCUUAAAGACUUCCAAAGAAGGAGACUCCACCACACUCCUUGGCAGCAAAUUCCACUGUCGAACAGCUCUUACUGUCAGGAAGUUCUUCCUAAUGUUUAGGUGGAAUCUUCUUUCUUGUAGUUUGGAUCCAUUGCUCCGUGUCCGCUUCUCUGGAGCAGCAGAAAACAACCUUUCUCCCUCCUCUAUGUGACAUCCUUUUAUAUAUUGGAACAUGGCUAUCAUAUCACCCCUUAACCUCCUCUUCUCCAGGCUAAACAUGCCCAGCUCCCUUAGCCGUUCCUCAUAAGGCAUCAUUUCCAGGCCUUUGACCAUUUUGGUUGCCCUCCUCUGGACAUGUUCCAGUUUGUCAGUGUCCUUCUUGAACUGUGGUGCCCAGAACUGGACACAGUACUCCAGGUGAGGUCUGACCAGAGCAGAAUACAGUGGCACUAUUACUUCCCUUGAUCUAGAUGCUAUACUCCUAUUGAUGCAGCCCAGAAUUGCAUUGGCUUUUUAGCUGCCGCGUCACACUGUUGGCUCAUGUCAAGUUUGUGGUCAACCAAGACUCCUAGAUCCUUUUCACAUGUACUGCUCUCAAGCCAGGUGUCACCCAUCUUGUAUUUGUGCCUCUCAUUUUUUUUGCCCAAGUGAAAGACUUUACAUUUCUCCCUGUUAAAAUUCAUCUUGUUUGUUUUUGCCCAGUUCUUUUAGAGUUUAUCCUGCCGGUAGCUUAAUUGGCCUUCCAAGAAUCCACACAUUAUGGAAACAUUUACCUCUUGUACUCAUGCCAGAAAAGAAAUUGUUUGGGGCAUCAGUCCAUUUCUAUUUUAAAGGGUUCUAAACACUUCAGGCCAUCUUCCUGCUUCCCAGAUCAAGAUUCUGUUUUGCUGAGCUCAUGUUGGUGCAGUUGUUGAAAGGAGCACACUAGCCAGAAAUAACAAAGCAAUGCUACUAGGGUAUGAGAUCAGGAAGAGUGAGUAUGUGAUGUUACUUAACAGGACUAUUCAAAGACUAGUUGGGCCAUGAACACAGUUUUAAAAGGAAGAAUAUAUCUGUGGUGAGGAUGGGGGAGAAAGUCAGUUUUCUUUGCAUUUGAAGGCAAGCCUAUCUAAUCCACACUUUCCAAAACAAUACAUGACCGCAACCAUCCUCCGAAACUUUCACUUUCUGAAGGAUGAUUGGGGUGGCUAUGAAAGGAGGGAAUGGCCACACAACCUUUUCCCUAUCAUGUAGGGUGUGUGUGUAGCUUUAUUGUACUAGCCAAAGGCCAUGACAAAACCAUACAGACUACCAAAGAAAUAAAUCUCUAUAAAUCUAUGUAUAAAAACAGAACCUCUGCCUAAACCAUCAGAAUCAUAGAACACAGGUGCAUGCAUGACUUAAGGGUCUCCACAUAGCAUACAGUAUUUCCCCAUUUAGACCUUUGAAUCUCACUUACAGUUUACUACAAUUUUAUCCUGAUAGUCUUCCUAAUCUUUCUUGCCACCACAUUAUGGGCCGCUGGGGCAUUAACGUGAUUAUUCUAUGUAAUUUGCACUUUAGGAAACAAUAUGUGAAUUGAAACUCGGCAAUCAUUCAAAAUUUGUACUUCUCUGAAUUUUGUGGUGCAGUUCUCUAGCCAAGUAAUGUUUACAAAAAUGCAUAUAGUAGGGUAAAGGGUGUGUAAAAUAUAUAUAAUAUAUUAUAAAAUAGGGGACGCAGGUGGCGCUGCGGUCUAAACCACAGAGCCUAGGACUUGCCGAUCAGAAGGUUGGCGGUUCGAAUCCCCACGACGGGAUGAGCUCCCAUUGCUCGGUCCCUGCUUCUGCCAACCUAGCAGUUCAAAAGCACGUCAAAGUGCAAGUAGGUAAAUAGGUACCGCUCCAGCGGGAAGGUAAACGGCGUUUCUGUGCACUGCUCUGGUUCUCCAGAAGUGGCUUAGUCAUGCUGGCCACAUGACCCGGAAGCUGUCUGCGGAAAACGCCGUCUCCCUCGGCCUAUAGAGCAAAAUAAGUGCCACAACCCCAGAGUCGUCCGCGACUGGACCUAAGGGUCAGGGGUACCUUUACCUUUACCUAUAUUAUAAAAUACAUCUAAAGUGUGCAUAUAAUGUGUGUGUGUGUGUGUGUGUGUGUGUGUGUGUAUGUAUGUAUGUAUGUAUGUAUUGCAUUAUAUUAGGGAAAACUAGUUUGCAAGUAUGCAUGUAUGAGGACUUUUUAAAAAAAAAAAAUAUUGCAAACUGAUUUGGAAAUAUUGAGAACUGAAUUUCAGAUAAGAAAAAUAAGAAAUGGAGAAACCAAAAUGGACAGAUUUGCCCGCUCGUAGUCUGUGCAAGGUAGUUUCCUAUAGCUUUGCCGUGCCCUUGAAGUCAGGCAAAGGGAAACUGGAAUGUUGAAGAAAUCAUUAUUGCAGCAAUAUCUGCCAAUAAACACAGGAAACAUUAGUCCUCCCCUCCAAAAAAAGAGGGAGAGACCUGAAAUAUGUAGGCUUAUUGGUUCCCCUGUACAUAGCCUCUUGUUACAAUUCCAUACCUUGGCUAAUUAAAAUAGGAAUACCCUGUAGCCUCUUUCCAUUUAUUUUUUUUAAAAAACACCUAGCCUAAUCUCAUGCACUAACCUUGUUAUGCUAAUGCUAGUAUUUUCUGUUGCUCUAGCAAGGGCUUAGCAAAACUGCCACGCCUGUUUCCAAGCUGCUUGGAUAACUGCUAAGAACUGUUUGGCUUUUUAGUCCUUAAAAAUACACAUUCACCUGAAGCGUUUUGAGGGAUGAAUAAGGAUCAUGUACAAACGUUUAUUGCAAAAAAAAGUAUCCCAGCCAUAAUUGUAAAUGUUAUCUGUUUGUUAUUUAUUACGUUUAUAUCUCACUUUUCCUCAAGGACUUCAAGGUGGUUUACAUAGGAGUCCUCCUCCCCAUUUUAUCCUCACAAUAAGGCUGUGAGGUCAGCUAGGCUGAGAGUGAGUGACUGACCUGUGAGUUUCGUGGCUGAGUGUUGCUAGCCUGCCAAAGUUACUCACCAACCACACAGUCACAUAAAUCUUUUACACUGCAAUCCUGUAUGUCUCUGCUACAGUAUAAGCACUAUUGCGUUCAGCAGGAUUUACCAUAGUGUGUGUAGGUUUGCAGCCUUACAGUGCAAUCCUAUUCUUGUUUACUCAGAAGUAAGCCUCAUUAUAGUUACUGUUGCUUCUACCUGUUUGCCUUGGAUUGCAGCCUCAGUCUCUAUUUCCUAAAAGCAUGGGGUGGAAAACAACACAGGUUUUGUAAAAUUUCUCUGACUGGAGGUGAUUGUUGCCAUUGUGAUACAAGCUACUAAAUCCAAGACAAUACAGAGAGUACAAGAAAAUAUACUUUGGGAACAGUCUAGUCAAAGUGUUUCUCUGUUGGUAUUAUCCACUGAAACCAGACUACAUUGUCCUACUCCAACAAUGUAUGAUAGAAGAGGAGUGAUUUGUAUAUAGAUGCAUUGCAAUUCUGUUUUCUUAUUUGCAGAAGUUAACACAGAACACUUAUUCACAAGUAAAUCUUUUUUUUAACCCAUCAGCUACUGGUGAUGGAGACAAGAUUAUGUGUUUCUGUCCAUGUUUUCAUGCAGCCCUGUUAAUGAAACAGGUAUGUCAUCAGUGGGUUUCAAGCAUGAAGCACUAUCAUUAAGAGCAUCACUGGGAGAGAGGAGAGGGAGAGAGACUAGCUCAGGGGUCAGCAAACUUUUUCAGCCGUGGGCUGGUCCACAGUUCGUCAGACCAUGUGGUGGGCCGGACUAUAUGGGGGGGGGGAAUGAACAAAUUCCUAUGCCCCACAAAUAACCCAGAGGUGCAUUUUAAAUAAAAGCACACAUUCUACUCAUGUAAAAACACGCUGAUUUCCGGACCGUCCACGGGCUGCAUUUAGAAGGCGAUAUGGCCGGAUCCGGCCCCCGGGCCUUAGUUUGCCUACCCCUAGACUAGCUAGUAAGGGCAAGGGAAGUGGUUUUCAACCAUAAUGUGUUGACUAGAAAUGAUUGAAGCCUCCUGCUAGAGAAGAGAGUGGUAUAGACUCUCUAAAGAAAUUGUUUGUGGCAGCAGUCCCUUUCAAGAAACAUACCUCUGACAUAGGUGAUUGAAAAGAGCAGAAAGAUAGGCCAAAUGGUAGGCAGAAGCUGAAAACAUCAGGACAGUGAUACCUCAGGUUAAGUACUUAAUUCGUUCCAGAGGUCUGUACUUAACCUGAAACUGUUCUUAACCUGAAGCACCACUUUAGCUAAUGGGACCUCCUGCUGCCGCUGCGCCGCCGGAGCCUGAUUUCUGUUCUCAUCCUGAAGCAAAGUUCUUAACCUGAAGCACUAUUUCUGGGUUAGUGGAGUCUGUAACCUGAAGCGUAUGUAACCUGAAGCAUAUGUAACCUGAAGUACCACUGUAGUCAAAGUUAGCCAGUUAAAGUUGAGGACAGAGUGCUGAAGAGGGUGCAGGCUAGACUCUAGCACUUUAUAUGUAAAACAUUCUGUCCCUUAUCUGUUCAUGGAAGCUUGCCAGCCCUGUUAAAACUUUUACCCAGCCCUCUUAAUACAAGAAAGCGAGGCUCUGUUAGGAAGUUCUGUUCACUAGACCACUUUCUUACGGACCCUUAUGAGACCAGUCCUGCAAACCAAUCAUAGAGGGACUAGAUACGUUUCACCGAUUUGUUAGAGGUGGUGGCAAUCCAUUGAUCGGCAGCACAAUUCUGAGAUAAGGAUUUGAGUUCUAAUAUAAGAAUUCUUCUUGCACAAAUAAAUCCUGGCACAUGCUCCUGAUCACUGAAAUUGCCACAGAAUGUCCUUGUGGCAUUUUCUGCAGAGUUGUAAUCCUUACGUUGCCCUCUGUUGAACAGUCCAAAUUAUGCCUUGCAGUGUACUGUGUGAUUUAAUGUAUAAACAGAUAAAAUGAAGAGCAAUGUGCAUCUGCUUUUACAUCUCGGUCUGUUGGUCAAUGUAAGCAGCAUUGAGAGGGCAGGAAUUAAAACUUCCUUAGAUACACAGAAUAGAAAUGAGUGGCGAAAGAAACUUGUUUGAGGUUUUGUUUACCUUUCAGGGCUUGUCUCCCAUGGAUGCAUGCCAGACUGUUGUCCAGGAUAUCCUCCAGCGAACAGGAAAGGAAAAUAUGUUUGAACUUGGAAUAAUUGCAAUGAAUAUGAAGGUACGCAAAGACAAGUGUUUCCCCACGUUUUCUUGGUUGCUCAUGGCCAUGAUAACCUAUGUUCCUAUUUACCUUUCAUCGUGUAUCCUACAUAUGGGAUAAUGUAGCAAGCUAGCCUAGAUUAUGACUAAACAGGGACAAAAUGGUAGGAUGGGAGUUGCUACAAUAAUAAUUGAGGCAAAUCGAAUAGGAUAUUAAUGAAUCCUAAUUUAUUCAUCUUUUUUCCCCUUGUGGAUUUCUAAUGUUUAGGGAGAAGUUGGAGCUGCUUCAUCAAUGCCAUUCCCAUAUUGCAUCUGGUCUCAGGGAAAGGACUCUGUAGAGCAAUUGAUGCAACAAUGCUAACAACUUUUAAAGGAUCAAAGAAAAAAUUAUUCUGCACCUCUUGCGCCCAGGUUCAGAGUCACAUCCACCUUUAUCUUGUGACGUUUCCUUUUCUUGUGUAAAGUAUUGGGGAGGAGAAUCUAAAUUGAGACUUUUCUUCAGAAGGUCUGAACUAUGGGUAUGUGAGAGCUUCAGCCUAUACCUAAUCAAGAAACUGUGAUUUCUUACGGCCAAGCUGGACAAUACAUUAAAAUGUGCAGUUACUGUUCAUCUUUAUACCAUGUAUGCCAGGGAGCCAGCAAUAACUCACACAAAGUACAUGAAGUUAACACUUUAUUAGAGAAAACAAGGCCUGCUCAGGAUGUUCUGGGAGACCAGGGUGGAGGGGAGCUGGUUGCAGCAGGAGGGGGAGACUCCCUGGCUUCUUCAGCAGUCUGCCUCCACUCUGCCUCUUGACACACUCACCCCGCCUCUCCUGCUUCUGGACUGCUCUCUGCCACAGCCUCUUCUUGCUCACUAAACCCUGUUAACUCUUCAGCUUCUGACACCUCCUCCCAGGUUUGCCCCUCUUCUUCCUCUGAUCACUCAUUGUUGUCCCACGACCAAUCUCCAGGUUCUCAGCCAUCUUCCCCGGGCUCUGAGCUGUGUUCCCCUGGCGAUUCCCCAGCUGCUGCCUCCCACCAUUGACACUGUGUGUGAGAGAGAAUAAAGACCUUGAACUGAGAGGAGGAUUUUAACUCUUUCUCCCCUCUGCUGUGAUCAUUACGAAAUCACACCCACCCUCAGCUGCUGUUCAUUCCAGGAAGAAAACUGCCAUUAACACCAGUGACAGCUUCUCUCCUAAGACAAAUAGCAGCUUCAGUUAUGAGGUGGCAUUUGGAAACUAGCCACAAUAGCUCCACUCAUGGAAGAAGAUGGUAAGACCAUAGAUAUAUUAAGGGGGGUGGAGUUCUGCUUUUUUUAAAAAAGAAACCUUUCAUAAUAUGCUUAUACUGUAUUUCCCUGAGAGUAUUUUUGCAAAUGUAUAAUGCUCUCUUGUGUCUAAUAUUAAUUAAAAAUGCAAAAAAACUCCAAAAAUGCCAUAUUUCCAUAUUACAUACAGACAUCACAGGUUCACUCUCGGGAGUAAAUGAAAGCUAGCGCUGUAUUUAUUAAGGGAAAGCCUUUUCAAUAAAACUAUACAUGCUUUAAGUUAUACAUGCUUUGUCCAG